AUGACAAGAGAUGCCCCGUCGUCUAUCAAGGACAUUGAGCUCGUUGACAAAAUCUUGGCCCGAGCCAACGCUGUGAAUGAUCUCGGUCAAAGCUUGAUCGGUGGCGAGGUCGGAGAGAAGGAGAACGCGGUGCUUUUACCCUUUUUAUCGACUAAGAGCCAGAAGCAGGCCACUAAACUAUUGCAAGAGUUGGAAGGCUCGUUUCUAGCGUCAGGCCAGAACGCCUUAGGCGAUUUGGAGGCCGUGGAACUUAUUACGAACAUUAAGCAGCAAACGGACAGCCUGGCCUCUUUUCUUGACGACUGCAUAUCAAGCCUUGACACUCCAUCACUUCGCACAUUGAGAAAGAUGGCUUCUAAAGCAGCCCAAGACUUGAGGCAUCGAAUUGCAAUGCGUCUCACUCUACUCACAGAAGAAGCGUCACCGGACCAAACACGAGUGGACUUUGAUAGCCAGGCUACGCCCCGCCAACGUCUCCGAAUGGGUCAUCAUAGCGGUGACUCCGUUCUCGUUGAAUAUAUUUACUACGAGGAUAUAGACGAGCAGACACAUCAGAGGCUGUCACAACAAGUGGCCAAGAUAUCGGCUCUUCACGUCGAGCCCAAGGACCCUUCGUUCAGAACCCUACCCGGGAUAGGCUACCUUCAUGACAGCCUGUACGGCCCCAGAUUCGGAUUUAUCUUCAAAGUUCCCAACGACAAGAUUGGCUGGAAACCGUUCCUCUUGUCCGGUAUCCUCGGCAAGGUCAAAGUUCCACUUGAGACACGAUACCGCCUGGCCCAUGAUAUAUGCGAGGCACUUCUGCAACUCCAUUCCAUAGGCUGGUUCCAUAAAAACAUGAAGAGCGACAAUGUGCUUAUUUUCUCCAGCAACGACCAAAAAAGUGUCAACAAUCGUACAGAGGGUAGAACAGAACCUGUAUACGACUUUGAGAGACCUUAUCUGAUCGGGUUCGACUGCUCCAGGCCGGAAGAGGCCGAAACAAGAGGGACGGUUGACUUCGAUGUUGACGCAAACAUAUAUAGGCAUCCAGACCGAUGGGGCCGACCGUUGCGCUUCACAAGACAGCAUGAUAUUUAUGCAUUGGGCAUCGUUCUGAUGGAAAUUGGAAUGUGGAGGACACUGCCAAGUAUGGACAGCGCACAGAAGGGCUUUGCAUCGGUGAAAGAUCCGGAACGUCUGCGCAAGUUUCUCUUGACCAGCGCAAUGCCCAGACUUGCACAUGCGACAGGGAGCCGAUAUGCGGAUGCGGUAAGGUCGUGUCUAGAUCCCGGCGAGUGGACAAAUUAUGAGAAUUGGGAGGUCCACGACUCUAUGAGACAGAAGGUACUACGGCCGCUCAAAGCGGCUUACGAGGCGUUAGCGUCUUGA